AUGGUUUCGGUGACCAGAGCCGUGUUUGGAGACCUGCCCCUGGGAGCAGGGACAGUGGAGAAGUUCCAGCUGCAGUCAGACCAGCUGAGAGUGGACAUCAUCUCCUGGGGCUGCACCAUCACAGCCCUGGAGGUCAAAGACAGGCAGGGCAGAGCCUCAGAUGUGGUGCUCGGCUUUGACGAGUUGGAAGGGUACCUCCAAAAGCAGCCCUACUUUGGAGCUGUGGUUGGCAGGGUGGCCAACCGAAUUGCCAAAGGAACGUUCAUGUUGGAUGGGAAGGAGUAUAAACUGGCCAUUAACAACGGGCCCAACAGCCUGCAUGGAGGAGUCAAAGGGUUUGACAAGGUCCUCUGGACCCCUCGGGUGCUGUCAAAUGGUGUCGAGUUCUCACGGGUCAGUCCAGAUGGUGAGGAAGGCUACCCUGGAGAGUUAAAAGUCUGGGUGACGUACACACUGGAUGGUGGCGAGCUCGUGGUCAACUAUCGAGCACAGGCCAGUCAGACCACCCCGGUCAAUCUGACCAAUCAUUCUUACUUCAACCUGGCCGGCCAGGGUUCCCCAAAUAUAUAUGACCAUGAAGUCACUAUAGAAGCUGAUGCUUUUUUGCCUGUGAAUGAAGUCCUGAUUCCUACAGGAGAAAUUGCUUCAGUGCAAGGAACUGCCUUUGACCUGAGGAAGCCAGUGGAGCUUGGAAAACACCUGCAGGAGUUCCACGUGAAUGGCUUUGACCACAAUUUCUGUUUGAAGGGAUCUAAAGAAAAGCGUUUCUGUGCACGGGUCUAUCAUGCUGGAAGCGGGCGGGUCCUGGAAGUGUACACCACCCAACCUGGGGUCCAGUUUUACACGGGCAACUUCCUGGAUGGCACGCUGAAGGGCAAGAGUGGAGCGGUCUACCCCAAGCACUCCGGAUUCUGCCUUGAGACUCAGAGCUGGCCUGAUGCAGUCAAUCAGCCCCACUUUUCUCCUGUGUUGCUGAAGCCUGGUGAGGAGUAUGACCAUACCACUUGGUUCAAGUUUUCUGUGGCUUAA